GCCUCUAUUGUCUCUGGCGCAGAAAAUUGAAAUUAAAAAAUGAAUCGAUAUUUUAAACUGUUAUUCGUAGCCAUCUUCUCCGGAUGUAUAAUCGCCUACACGAAUCUAUUCAAUCGAUCGUUUUUCAACGGGUACUGUAGUAAUAAUGCUACGUGGCAACAGUCACAAGGCGAAAGCGACAGUCACGUGGCAAAUUCGUUGGAUUUGUGUCGUGGCGAUGGUGUGAAGCAGUGUAUUCCGCCGUUGAUGAGGUUCAAACAGUUGUAUCGGACAUCAAAACCGAAUAGCCUAAUCGCAUGUGUCAUUGAAAAAUCAUUUUCGACAUUUCUUACUGCUAUUAUGUGCUUUUUACACGAUCCACAAACAUUUAAAGACAGCAAUCGAACACUGGAUUCUGAUAUUUUUGGAGACAGGCUUUGUAAGGAUAAAAACGAAUUUACCGAGUUGAAGAAGAUCGGAAGCUGGCAGAAAAUGUCGAUUUUCACUGUGGUUCGGAAUCCGAUCGAUCGGUUUGUAUCAGGCUUCACGGAUAAAUGUUUAAGAGAAAAUGUCUGGAAAAAGUUCAAAAAUCGAUGCGCCGGAUGUAAGACUAAUUUAACAUGUUUCGUCGAUAAAAUGUACGAUCGGAUGCAUAGAUUCGCGCGGAAUCCGUAUAAAGGAAUCGAUUUCGACGACAGUCACUUUUUCCCACAAUCUUGGAGAUGCGAGUUCUCGUCUCAUCUUGUCAAAUACCAAAUUUUUCAAUUAGACGGUGCAAAUUUCACAAAUCAACUUCUUGGACUGCUGUCCGAGCGGGGAGUUGAUGAGAAUGGAAUUAACUUUAUUAACGGAAGUCUCCAUCACCGGACCCCACACAGCACAAUGGAUUCCGUGGAACGGGCGGCCGUCGAGGAAACUGUUCUGAGCAGUCCGUAUUUGUUGCGAAAAAUAAUUCAAAUGUAUUAUUUUGACUUUUUGCUAUUCGGGUAUAAGCUUCCUGAUAUUCCAGUUGGAAAUUAGGAAAGUUCUUUAUAUGUAUUUAAUUGUUGUUAAAUAGUAAAAAUCGAUAAAUUGCUUGAAUUUUGAUAAAU